UGAUGCGGAUCGGUGCGAUUUUAACGGAUUAGAUAGUAUUUUACAUAGCCCUAGUUCUCAUUACUCAUCAAUGGUUGUCCUUUAUAUACUAUCUCAUCUCUCUCAUUAGCACCAUCCUCCCUAUCAAAUGUGGCAAAUUACCUUAGCACCUCUCUUCUCUUGUCCUGUCCCCUCAACUGCUGCCACCUUGAUUUUUGCGCCUUGAAAAGGAAUGGGGCAAACACGGAACACCACAAACCGGGUCCUGCUCCGCCUCAAACCGUUCCCAUUCCUAUUGUAACCUUUGUUGAAUGGGUUUUAAUUUUUAUUGUGUUUGCAAGGUUGUGUCCUCUGGUCUUGUUCAACCACCACUAACCACCAUUAUGGUCUGUUGUAAUGAACUUUUUCUCCCUAAGAAGACUGAUUGAUCACAACCAAACUGUGUGGCCACCACCCACCAAGUGGAUUGUGGGUCAGUAUCAGAACCACCUCAACAUAUUAUAUUUGUUUUGAAUUGUUUUGUGCAGUGAAGAGGGAAGACCUUUGUCUGAGACUUGGAAGAAAAGUAAAUCAAAAGACACAAAAACUACUAAUGAUGAAAGGUGAAGCAACAUCAUAUCCAACCUCAUCAUGAAGCUUUGGUUUCAUUGGUUGGGGACCCUACCACUUCCCUCAAACUUAGCCAAAUUUAUAGGGAACAAAACUUCUAUGGCAUAAUUGUGUAUCACCUAUUUCUACUGUAUUUUUGUUUUAAAAAAAAAGGUGUAUAAUUGCAUUUUGUGCAUUUUUCUGUGUUUGUAGCACUAUUGUUUUGUAUGAUCAGGAGUGAACAGUCAAUGUGUGGCCAUCUUGGAUUACUGACAAUCCAAUGACCACAAUCAUUAUCGUAUUGUCAGUAUUGCGUUCAUUCUAUAUGGGUCCACAUUUUACCAAGGUGAAUACAAUGUUGUGCACUUAUCUUUAAAUUUUUUGUGUUUAUAGCAUUAUUGUUUUGUAUGAUCAAGUGCGAAGAAUUGACUACUGACCUCUUGGGUGACCCACAAUCCAAUGAUAACAGUCACCCAAUAUAAGACUAGAACAUUAGAAUACAGAAAGUUAAGGUGUAUAUUAUACAUUGCAUCACAAAAGUUGCCAAAGAGAUCUUUUAUAACACAAAGUAUGAGAGUUUCAAAGACUAGCCUGGUUUCUCAAACCCCCUUUGAAGAAAUGCAAGGGUUAGGCCUGUUUUCGCUUGUGAGGUGCUUUAAUGGAUGCCGUGAUCAUACCCAAGUUUCAGGGCAUGGCACGAGGAUUUGGAACCUUAGCGACAAGCCUGUGGAGCUUCAAAUAAGGGUGGGAUCGAUAUUGAAGAGGGUUCACACUUUGAAGCCCGGUUCUUCAAAGAGACUGAAAUGCAAGAGCAUUUACAAGGCUUACAUGCCUAGUAGUGGCGGUGGUGGUGGCAGAGGCGGCAGUGGUGGUGGUAGUAAUGGUGGAGGAGUGAGGAGCUUGUUGUAUUACUACGAUGAGACGUGCCAUCCUUACAUUUGGAUACAUGAAACAGUGGGAAAUUUCUCAAGGAUGGUGAAGCAACAAUACAUUAGUCUCGAGGACUUGAGAGAUUGUUCAGAGAUCAGAAUCUUCAGAGACCAUCAGAGAGGAUGCAUAUCGGUUCGCAAGAAAGUGAGGCCGGAGAUUUGUUGAAAUUGUUCUUGUUUACUUAGCAAGUUUAUGUAUGCAUCAGAUGGGAUUUGCAGUGCAUCUUUGUGAAUUUGUUUUCAUUUUGUUUCUGUUUUGCACUUUGUUCUUGGGUUUUGCCUUUUAUUUUUGUUGGUUUUUGAAGAUUUUAAUGUGUUAUAGUUAUACUACAAAUGUACUACAUGUGAAUCAGAGGAAUGAAAAAUAGUAAGACUUUUGGAUCUUCA